UCAUUACUCACGGUAAAAAAAGCUUUUGACAGCUGUACAGCGAUUGAAACUUAUAGCAUGACAGUUGACACAUUACUUAUUUAUUUAUUUACGGAAUUUAUUAUAAAAGAAAAUUGUAAUUUGAAAACUAAAAAGUUGUAAAAUAUUGUAAACAAUUAAUACAAAAUAUUAUAUUUUUUGUAGAGUACUUGUCUUCCCUACUAUACUUUAUUUAGGCUUUGUGUAUAUAAUACCAUUGUAUUUAUAUUAUAAGAUUUCUUUAUUGGAAGAAAAUUUUGAAAAUCUACAAUAAAUUAUGGCAUUAAGAUAAAGAUUUAGUAGCUAUCAUCUAAUAUAAGAGAAGAAAGACGCAAUGGUUGAUGUAUCCAUAAUUAUACCAGUAUAUAAUGGUGAAAAGUGGAUAGACAACUGUAUGAGUUCAAUCGCCACUCAGACUGCAUUCGAUGCCGGAUUAAAUAUAGAAAUUGUGGUCUUUAAUGAUGGCAGUACUGAUAGAUCAGAGUUAAUAUUGGAAAAUUGGGCUAACUACUAUAAAACACGUAACAUAUUGUUUAAUUUCACUAGCUCUGGUAAUUCAGGUGUUGGUGCAGCUAAGAAUGGCGCUGUUAAAAUAAGUCGAGGAAAUUAUUUAUGUUUUCAAGAUAUUGAUGAUGUGAUGCACCCUGACAGAAUAAUUUUGCAAUAUGAAGCUGCUAAGGGUAACCAUAAUGCUCUUAUUGGUAGCAGAAUAUCUAGGGUACCUGCUAAUUCUACGCCACGUCUUGUUCGCUGGGCAAAUAAUCUCUCGCCAGCACAACUUAAAACUCAAAUAUAUACUGCAAAUGGUCCUACACUCCUCAUGCCUACAUGGUUUUGUCAUAGAUCUGUGUUUAAAAAAGUUGGUGGUUUUACUGAGCAAGGCCAUGGAACUCCGGAAGAUCUCAUAUUUUUUUAUUCUCACAUUGAUUUGGGAGGAGAUCUGCACAGAGUUGAUAAAGAGUUAGUUGUUUACACAUAUCAUGAAGAUGCAGCUACAUUUUCUGUGACAAGGAAAAAAAUUUGGCAAGUUCAAUUAGAUAGACUUGAAAAAUAUGUGAUAUCUAAUUGGAAAUCAUUUAUGGUUUGGAAUGCUGGUAAAUGGGGAAGAAGGCUACUCCGCUCUCUAACUCCAGAAAACCUUCAUAAAGUGACAGCAGUCUGUGAUGUUGAUAAAAAUAAAAUAGGCACAAUGCUGGAGUUAUACAGUCCAGUAGAAAGAAUAGUAAAAAAUAGAUUGCCUAUAAUACACUUUUUAGAUGCAAAGCCUCCUUUAUUAAUUUGUGUUAAAUUAGAUCUAACUAAUGGACAGUUUGAAAAGAAUCUCAACUCAUUGAAUCUCACAGAAGGUGUUGAUUAUGUAUUAUUUAAUUAAUAUGGAAAUAUUUCAAUUGUUUUAUAGUGACAAAAUAACCAGUGACCUGAUAAUUUCAACUAUUUAUUAGAUUUUAUUUAAAGUAUUUAAUAUAAAUAACUAAAUUAAACAACUAAAAAGGAUUAAAAUGUGCAUUUUGAUUAACCAUGUUUAGACAAAUUGCAUUCUGCUGUACCAAUAAAUAUUGAACAUACACAAUAUAAGGUCCUAUUUAAAAUUAUUAAAUAAAAGCAGAAAUAUAGUGAAUGAAAAGAACCCAUA